GACCGGGACCCUCAUGUAAAAAAAAAAAGUCGAGCUUAAGUCAUUCAGAAGAUACAGCUUUCCGAACUCUUCAAGAACACCGAAUUCAACUUUACACUCAAAAAGUUUAUUUGAUAUAAACUUCUUCAUAAGAUAAAGCCGUCAUAAAAGUGGUAUGGCGCCAGUUUUCGCUAAAGUGAAAGAGAGUUAUAUCUCAAGCUGAUAAUAUCCGUUUCGUCUCAAAAUUUUUUCAAUAUAGUAUUUUGCUUGUAGAACAUAGUAAUGCUAAAAACUUUUUGAAAAUGUUCAUAAAUCUAAAAUUACAGAGAAAACAUUAAUUUUUGGCUGGUUGCAAAGCUAUUUUUGGCGCCUUUCGAACACUGAAAAUGUGAAACGUUGCUCAACUCACAAUUUGUUUUUGAAGUAUGCAUUUUUAAUCUUCAGACUUUGCUCUAUCUAAUGGAAGAAGAACCAGUUUUCUAACACCUUGAGUAAGCUCACAAUCAAGUCCGACAUUUAUGCCAAGACUUUUGCAUCAGUCAUUAUGUAUAAAAAAGUUCAACUUCUUAUUUCGUAUUUCUCUUGAAAUUAAUAUAAAAAUAACGAUAUUUUACAAAACAGCUAAAAGAAUUAUUUUCAAUGAAAAAAUAAUUAAUUUUAUUUUUCUUUAAUACUUAAACAAAAAUAAUUGAAAAUUUUUUUCGAUGUGCUUCCAUUAUUUAAUUUGAUAAUGUAUAGGUUAUUUGCUUUUAUACCAUUUGGACUUGACGUGAUACAGUUAUCUACUAUCGUGUACGUACUAAAGAUAUUUAUGUAUAUAUAUAUAUGCUACUCGCUACACUACAAAAUAUUCUAUAAUCAAAGGAUUAUGAUAAUACUAUUAGUGUAUACUUAACGUACAAUUUUUAUAUGAACCUGUAACCUUAAGCAUAUGUAAUCUUCGAGAAAGUCCUACAGGAUUUUUAAUCUCAAAUGUCAGAUUAAGUUUUUUAUUCAAUGCGGUCUCGAAUCACAAUAGUGUCUUUGUGCUAGAUUUUUCAUAGUUAAAUAGUAGCCUUUCUACAAUUCACUUUCAAUUGGACGUAGAAUUUUCACAACACCAAUCGACGAUCUUGCCCUAUUCUUUCCAGGUUCUUGUUUUUCUUGGUUUUCAGACAAGAUUCUUUUUCCAUUCCUUCUAUACAAGAUUCUUGCCUGAAAAAACUGAUCUUGCCUUUCUGACAAGAUUCAUGUAGACCGAAUCUUGGCUGGUGAGGCAAGAAUUUAUUCUCCAGACAAGAUUCUUGUAUUCUUGCUUUUCUUGCAUUCUUGUCUGAUUUUUAUUUUUCUUGAUAUUCUUGUCUGAUUCUUUUUUCCUUAGAUUCUUGUCUGUUUCUUAUUUCUUGUGUUUCUUGUCUGAAUCUUGUCAUAUUAUAAAAGCCUUGUAUAAGUUGUUAUUACUAUCUGUUUCAUACCAUUUUAUUAUGAGCUUUGCACACCAUGUACAAAAAAAUGUAAAAAAACAAAAAAAAUACUUUUAGUUUCACAUGUUAUUAUAGAAGUUUCACAGUUUUUGACAUAACAAACAACAUAAAAUUUUCAUUAUCAAAAAAAAAAAUAUUUAUUUUUUUCGAACUUCAUCAUUGUCAUGGGUAUCUGGGAUUUCCAUCGUCCAUUAAAAAAAUACUUUUGUACAUAAUGAAAGAAAAUCUAAAAAAACAAAAUAAAUAGAAAGAUAUGGUUUUAUAAAAUAUUGAAAUGUAUUCAAUAAGUGUAAUUUAUCGGAAAAAAAUUAAAAAAAAGCUAUUAUAUAUUUCAUUGUUCUCUCUAUAUCGAAUGGAAACAUUUUCUCUAGAUCUAAUUGAAAUAGAGUUGCUAGAUGUUGUUUGAACGAAUCGAACGUUUUAGGAAAAGUACAUAUUCAAAGUGAUAUUGUACUAGCUAUCGAAUUAAUAAUGAAUAAAUAACGUUCAGACAUUGCUUUAUAUAUUUGAUCAUACAAAGACGACAUCACGUGCCGUUGAUCUUGAAAAGCUAACAAGAAUCUUUUUCUUUCCUGUCAUAAGAAUCUUGCGUGAACUUUAAGAAAUUUAAAAUAUCUUGCAUUUCUUUCCAGUUUCUGUUUUUUCAUAAUUCUCAGACAAGAUUCUUUUGAUCUUGAACCUCAGACAAGGUUCUUUUUAAAAGGAAAGAAAAAGAUUCUUGCCUGAACGUUAAAUAUAUCUUGAAUAUCUUAUGAUUCUUGCUUGAUUCUUCUAUUUCUGAUUAAUCAGAUGAGAUUCUUGUCAUCUUGGAAUCCAGACAAGAUUCUUUUUACUUUCCUGUCGAAAAGAAUCUUGUCUGAAUACAGGGAUCUUGUCUGAAAGUAAAGAAAAACAAGAACCUGGAAAGAAUAGGGCAAGAUCGUCGAUUAGUGAAUACAAUAGUAGAUAGAAUAUAAGUAUUGUCAAGAGUUGUUUCGAAUGCUGAUACAAGGAUAUUGAUGUAUAGUUUUUUUUUGUUAAAUCAGUUUCAUUGAUUGUACUUGAAGAAAAUCAAUAGUAGAAUAGCGACACUUAAUGAAAUUUACAUUAAGAUAUAUGCCAUUUUUCAACAAGAAAAUUUUCGUAAACAAAUUUAUACUUACUAUUAUUUUAUAAUGUGUAGAAUAAAUAUGAAGUACAUCAUAUAUUUUAGUAAGAUCUUAAACUGACCAAAAUAAAACAUCAUUAGUAUUCCUUGUUUUUUUCUCUAAAAAUCUGAUUUGUUGGCCUUGAAAGUUUCUUUAUUCAAGUCAAUAAAGUCGUAGAUUAAUUCAAAAAAAAAACACCAUAUAUCCGAAUAAGUAACAUAUUCGUUUGAGAUCUAUACUUGUUAUUUAACAUUUCUUUCUUGUUUAUCAUAAUGACUAAUGCUGUUUAACAAUAUUAUGGGUGAUAUAUAACCAUAUUGCUUUAUAAUAAUCUAUUAUUAAAUUACUUCUAACUAAAAUAGUUCAGAAGAAUUUGCACGAUCAGCUGCAUCAGCCAAAAGAUUAAAUCGACUCUUUAAACGUAAACCAAUGAUUGACAAUAGCUCAACGAAGGGCAAUAUAAUAGUAAAAAUUUCUGAAAUAUAAACAUGAUAUUCUAUUCUUUUUAUUUUAUUCACAGGAUAAUUUUUCGGGAUCAAUCAAGUUUGAGAAAAUUGUUUUCUCAUAUCCAACACGCAAGUUGAUAACUGUACUCAAUGAAUUUGAUUUAGAAAUAAAAUCUGGUUUGUUAGUCUUGUUCAUACUCUUGAAUUGUCAAAUAUCAUUUUACUUUCAGGUCAAAGUAUUGCAUUUGUUGGUCCAAGUGGAUGUUGUAAAUCUACAUUAAUUCAGUUACUCGAACGAUUUUAUGAUUGCAAUCAAGGUCGUAUACUACUUGAUGAUCAUAAUAUAGAAAGUUUGAAUUUGUCUUGGUUACGGUCACAAAUUGGCCUCGUCAAUCAAGAAUCAGUUCUUGUAUGUGAUCUUACUGUUGCAGAAAAUAUUGCCUAUGGAAAAGCGUCAAAUGAAAUUAUUUAUGAAGAUAUUAUUCGUGCUGCAGAACGAGCACAUUGUCAUGAUUUCAUCAAGAAUUUACCUGAAGGUUAUAAUACACCUGUUGGUCAUAAUGGUACUUUCCAUUUAUCUGGUGGUCAAAAGCAACGUAUCGCCAUUGCUCGAGCUCUCUUUCACAAUCCUAGAAUUUUGUUACUCGAUGAAAUUACCAGUGCACUCGAUGCGGACAAUGAACAGCUAAUACAAGAAUCAUUGAGUCUCAUUCGGCAAGAAAAUCCUUCGCAAACUGUUAUCUUUGUUGCUCAUCGUCUUUCAACCAUUCAAUCAUGCGACUUAAUUUGUCUUUUCGAUUCAUAUGGACAUUUGAUUGAAAGUGGUACUCAUGCGGAAUUGAUGGAACUUGGUAAUGCUUAUUAUAAACUUUUUCUUGAUUAUCUUGAAGGAAGAAAUAAUUCAUAG